AUGGCCAAUACCUAUCAGUCUACAGAUCCAACACCGGGACAAAUUCAACUCGCGUCGAUGCCGCAGUUGGCCGAGGCGAUAAACAAGGAAGAUGACUGGACAGGUAUCAAAGAUGCCGCAGCCCGCAGAAGAGCACAGACUAGACUCAACACAAGGGCAUACCACAAGUACAAGAUCAUCGAAAGUAACAACAUAGUAGGCAAACGCAAGGCACUAGCGAAAAAAGCCGAAGGAUUCAAUGACACAGCCGGCACACUGGUCAAAUCAGAAGCGCUAGUGGAGUGCUGGGACAUUGAGAAGCAAUCCAUCUCUGUCGUCCCAGCAGCCCGUGCGAAGAAAUUAUACAAUGCGAGAAAUCCCUUGCUACGGGAAGUCUCUUCAAAGGAGCGAUAUAGGGGCUUUAUCUUUCCUCUCUGCCCAGAUCACCUUAUAACGCUUCUUCAAUUCAACGCCCUUCGCGCCAUGGCAGCCAAUAGCAGUCUAGUCAGAGGAAAGGUCGUUACACCACUUGACUGCGAGGAGGAACUUAUUCAUCUCACACCCUAUCCUACUAAUCCGGAACGACUACCUCUAGCCCUUUUACCCACAACCCUUCAACAAACAGUGCCACAUGGCAACUGGAUCGAUAUGUGGCCGAGUCCUGAAGGACGAGAUCGCCUGAUCCGGGCCAGUGGCACCUAUGACGAAGAAGAUCUAUGGGAGGACUGUUUCGGUGGGCUGUAUGAAGGGUUCCCCGAUGAUGAGGUCAUGCGGCGCGGCAUGAUCGCUUGGUCUCCACCCUGGGAUAUAACAGGAUGGGAGAUGUCCGAAGGAUUUCUGGAGAAGUGGGGAUGGUUGAUUGCUGGAAUACCAGGAGUAUUGGAGGCAACGAAUAAGUGGCGGAUGAAAAGAGGCGAGGAGCCGUUGAAUUUAGAAUUCUGCACAUCACGUAUAGUGCCUAUAUAA